CACGGUUCGAUCGGCAUCUUUGCAAUACGAGCAUUUGUAAGCUUGAUUUUAGUGCAAGUAUUCACUCGUAGUUUGUUUCAAAAUGGAAGCUUUGAUGGGAAUUCGUGGUUCGGAUUUCGUGAUGCUCGCUGCGGAUUGCACGCACGCCCAUUCCAUAAUGGUGUUAAAGGACGAUGAGGACAAGAUCUUGAAGGUGUCGGAUAACUUGAUGAUGGCAACCAUGGGCGAAGCUGGCGAUCGUGUCCAGUUCACCGAGUAUAUUAGCAAAAACAUACUGCUGUACAGAAUGCGCAACGGCUACGAGCUCGGUCCGUUAGCCGCUGCACACUUCACACGCCGGAAUUUGGCCGAUUAUUUGCGGUCACGUACGCCUUAUCAUGUGAACAUUUUAGUCGGAGGUUAUGAUGAAGUGGAUGGUCCCCAGCUACAUUACAUCGACUAUUUGGCCAACUCUUUGCCGGUAAAGUAUGCGGCUCACGGUUAUGGUGGCAUGUUUGUGAAUAGUAUCUUCGACCGGUACCAUCACGAUAAGAUCACGCAAAAAGAAGCGUAUGAAAUUUUCCGCAAAGGUGUUACGGAAAUUCACAAACGUCUGAUUUUGAAUCUUCCCAACUUUAAAGUGGCCGUGAUAGAUAAAGAUGGUGUAAAAUACCUUGACGACAUCACACCAGAUUCCCUGAAGCAAGCAUCCGCCGCUUAAACGAGAGAUAGCGUUCGUAGCCUUCAUUUGUACUGGGGGAUGGAAAUUACAUGGGAGCUUUUUGUCAUUUAUCUGGAAUAAAAUCGAUCAAUAUUAAACU